GUGAAAUUUGUGGCGUUUAAGUAUUCCCGCGAAAAGAAGCCAUUUGUCUACAUUUUCUCUUUUGUUUAAAAUCGUAUUUAAAUUUUUUUUUCUCAGAAUCCAAACACAUUUCCCACCAUUUCACACACUCUACACAAAUAGAAUCGAUUCCAAACAAUGCCUGCAAUUGCCAGUCACGAUUCGCUAUUGGCCAUCAAAUUGGAUGAAUCUGGAGAGAUGGCCAGAUCCAACUGUGGUUCAACUCCUCAGAAGCGGAGACUGAGAUCUGAUGCGGCAGUGGAGCAGAAGAAGAGCUCAACUUCAAGGCCGAUGAAUUGGAAAUCUCCUCGUCGUAGCCUCAAUUCCAGUCCAAGCACUCCUAUUAAUGUAAUUGAAAAAAGUUCAGUUGAUAAACUCGUGACGAGCAAGUCACCGGUUAAGCGGAAAUUAUUUGAGAGUUGUAAAGCAAAACCAAAUUGGAAUCCUCAAGAUGUGGAGCAGAUGAAUGCAGUAAAAGAGGCGCUACACGUGUCUACAGCGCCGUCGACUGUUGUCUGUCGUGAAGACGAGCAGAAAAGGGUUUUGGAGUUCUGUAAGAAGCAUGUGGAAGAAGAGAAGGCUGGAAGUUUGUAUGUGUGUGGGUGUCCCGGGACGGGGAAGUCUUUGUCCAUGGAGAAAAUUAAACAGAAUUUAGUUGAUUGGGCUCAAGAGGAGGCCUUUGAGGUGCCAGAUGUAUUAGCCAUGAAUUGUACUUCACUUACAAAUGCAUCUGAAAUUUUCAGCAAGAUUCUUUUUAAAAUCCAACCAAGGAUGAAAAUUAGUGGCUCCACUUCACCUUUACAACAUGUUCAGAACUUUUAUUCUCAAAAGCAGCAGUCAUCAGGCUCAAAAAUGAUGCUAAUUUUUGCAGAUGAGUUGGAUUAUUUGAUAACCAGAGACCGAGCAGUCCUUCAUGAUCUUUUCAUGCUAACAACUUUUCCUUACUCUAGAUGCAUACUAAUAGGAAUAGCUAAUGCCAUAGAUUUAGCAGAUCGAUUUCUUCCAAGACUCCAGUCAUUGAAUUGUAAACCUCUGGUUGUGACAUUUCGAGCUUACUCUAAAGAUCAAAUCAUCAGAAUACUUCAGGAGAGGCUCAUGGCACUUCCUUACAUUGUCUUUCUGCCACAAGCAUUGGAACUCUGUGCCAGAAAAGUUGCCGCAGCAUCUGGAGACAUGCGGAAAGCUCUGAGUGUUUGCAGGAGUGCAAUCGAGAUGCUAGAUGCAGAACUGAGAGAGUCUGCAAACAAAAUAAAUUCAACAUCAGUUGAGAAAGGGUCCUUUGAUCAACAGGCAGCUCCAGCUCAGGGAUUCUUCAAUUCCCAGGUGCGGGUUGAUCAUAUGGCUGUUGCUUUAUCAAAAACAUUUAAAUCACCAAUAGUCGACACCAUACAGUCUCUCCCUCAGCAUCAACAAAUUAUACUUUGCUCUGCCGUGAAAUUCUUCCGCGGAGGAAAGAAGGAUACAACUAUUGGGGAGCUAAAUAAAUCAUAUAUGAAAAUCUGCAAAACCUCCCUCAUACCACCAGUUGGAAUUCUGGAAUUUACAAAUAUGUGCAGAGUGCUAAAUGACCAGGGGCUUCUCAAAUUAGGCCAGUCUCGUGAAGAUAAACUGAAAAGAGUAACAUUAAAAAUAGACGAGUCGGAUAUCACAUUUGCAUUGCAGGGAGUUCGUUUCUUUCGGAAUUGUCUUCAAUAAUUUUGCUGUUAAGCUGAUGGACUCCUCGUUAAUCCCUUGCUCUCUUUUUACACUUAUUGCCAGAUGCACAAAUUGGAAGCCAUUGCUAUUUGCGGGUGUCGUUGGAUGGUAUGUAAAAUAUGGUCCUGCUCCUAAUGCAGAAAAUGCCAAUACAAGAAUCGAUAAAUGUCAAUACAAUACAUUACCUGUAACUGUAACCCUUCCCAUUGAUGAAUUCAUGCUUAUUAUGCUUAUAGGAAUAAAAUGUAAUUUUAUUUUUA